CCGGAACUCCUCUCUGCUCACGAGUAAAGCCUGCCGCUAGCCCGCGCUCUGGACGUCGCCUCCUCCCCCACCCCACCGGCUGUCGCCGCCCCCGCCGACGUUACCUCCUUACCCGCCGCACCCCCCCCCCCCCCUGCCCCCCCGUCCUUGCCUUGGCGGAUCUGCCUGCCUGUGCCGCCUGGCGCUGCCUCUUAUCCCGCCGGCCGCCGCUGCCUCACGUUAGCUCCUCCCCCAUCGUAUCCGGACCUCCGCGCCGCCCCCACGCCUCCCUGACUUGGUGGAUCUGUCCACCAUUCACCGGAAACAGUUGGUCGCUGCCUAGGUACCCACCUACCCCCUAGGCGAGGCGGUACCCCGUCGCCCAGCGCAUAAGCGCGCCCAGGCGAGCACGGAAUAGCUCCUUUUCGAAUACACUCGGGCGAAGCUUAGAUCUGAUCUCAACGAACCUGCAGCUUGCUGCAGCCACUCCUCGCCGGCGAUGGAUUUCAUGAAGGUUUUCGAUCAGACUGUGCGUGAAAUAAAGAGGGAGGUCAAUCUGAAGGUACUCAAGGUCCCCGAGAUCGAGCAGAAGGUACUUGAUGCAACAAGUGAUGAACCGUGGGGCCCCCAUGGAAGUGCUCUUUCAGAACUUGCACACGCUACCAAGAAGUUCGCUGAGUGCCAGAUGGUAAUGAAUGUCCUAUGGACUAGGUUGUCUGAGAGAGGCGCGAAUUGGCGUCAUGUGUAUAAGGCAUUAACUAUUAUCGAGUACUUUAUAGCCAAUGGUUCUGAGAGGGCAGUUGAUGACAUUCUUGAUCAUUAUUCUAAGAUCUCGGUUCUUUCAAGUUUUGAGUAUGUUGAGCCUAAUGGUAAAGACGCUGGAAUAAAUGUGAGGAAAAAAGUAGAAACCAUUGUGGGCAUCAUAAAUGACAAGGAGAAAAUAAAGGCCGUGAGAGAUAAAGCAGCCAGUAAUCGUGAUAAGUACAUUGGACUAUCAUCCACAGGCAUAACAUAUAAAUCAAGCUCAGCCUCAUUUGGUAGCAACUACAGUUCAGGCGAACGUUAUGGGAGUUUCAGUGGUACAAAGGAAGCUGACUCAUACGGUGAUAGUUACAGGGACAAAGAAUCUGUUAAAACUUCCACAAGCAAUAGCGGCAGUCGGAAAUUUGGCAGCAAGCUGAGGAAGGAUGCGAAGCCUGAUAGGAGGAAUGAGGAUUAUAGUUCACCCAGCUCUUUGAGACCCCCAUCUAAUACAAAUAACACUGAGGACGACUUUGAUGACUUCGAUCCUCGUGGAUCAAAUGGCAAAACAACUGCUAAGUCAAAUGAGGUGGAUCUGUUUGGCCCAAACUUGAUGGACGAUUUAAUUGAUGCAUCUGCAGCAACUCCAGCUACAGACAAUGCUGCAGAACCACAGGUUGAUCUGUUUGCUGAUGCAGAUUUUCAAUCGGCAACCGCAAGUACAGAGACAGCUGCAAAUACAGAUGUCAAGGUCAAUGUUGACCUUUUUGCGGAAAAGGCAUCUUUUCCUGCAGCAUUUCCACCACAGGCUGGGUUUAUUCCACCACCAAGUGCCGGGACAUCUUCUGAAGUAAAUACUUCCGUAUCCAAGAAGGCAGCUCCGGAACCUUUUGAUCCUUUUGGCGCUAUUCCUUUGAACAAUUUUGAUGGACCUGACCCAUUUGGUGGCUUCAGCUCAAAUGCUGGAUCAUCUACCGCAGCAGCACCCACCCACGGUUCUACUGGAAAUAUCAGCACAUCGAACCAGAACCUUCAUGCUGCAUCCGACUUUGCUGCCUUUGUAUCAAACAACGAGGGAGCAGCGAAAGACCCAUUUGAUCUUUCUUCGAGUGCCAAUGUUGGAAAAACACCUUUGGCAGCUCCCAAGAUCGACGCAUCUGAUUUCGGUGCAUUUGUAUCUAGCACCGAGGAAGCAGCCAAGGACCCUCUCGAUCUUUCUUCGGGUAGCAACCUUGGAAAGACAGGCCAAGCACCCGCGGCAGCCUCCAAGCCUAGCGCAAAGAAAGACAAUUUUCAGGUCAAGUCCGGCAUAUGGGCAGACUCGCUGAGCCGGGGAUUGAUUGAUCUGAACAUAACUGCACCGAAGAAGGUGAACCUAGCUGAUAUUGGCAUCGUCGGUGGCCUUGGCGAUGGGUCCGAUGAGAAGGCCCUGCCCUCUUGGACCAUGGGCGCCGGAUCCGGCCUAGGAAUGUCUGGUAUUCCACCGUCAACACAACAAGCUGGUGGCAUCGAGAGCUUGGCCAACUACAACAAGCAUCAUUUCGGCUUCAAAUAGGCCUCGAUCUUUCAUACUGGAAAAUACCCGUCAUCUGCGGUUUCCUCCUCUGUCGGCCUGCUUCUUACACGUGCUGCCCUAUUGAUUUAAUCACUUUUUUGUUUUUGGUUUUGGUGAUCACAUUACAUGGUGUCGACCAAUCUUGGCCCCGUCUUGUCACACGUGUAUGUUAUUUGUCGGGUUUGUGGGUAAGCAUGCAACUACAUACACAUCACACCCCCUGUGUUCCAGCUCGAUGAUAGGUGGUAUGUUGGCCAUGCAGUUUGUGUAAAUUCCGUGGCCUGCCUUUUCUACUUGAUACAGUACUCUACGCAGCGAUUUGCAGUGCUUGAGUUUAUAUUCAAUAAUAAGAGAACCUAUGCCCUUUAUGUC